AUGAUAAUUGAAAUAAAUUAUUUGAAAUACAAUUUUAUAAAUAAUUUUCAAAUACGCUUAAAGAAUACUACAAAAGUAAAUAUUUAAUUUAAAUUUAUCAGUAACAAUAGAAAAAACUGUUGGUAUAAAAAAAUUAAUAUGAUAAUUCUUAGGAAGUUGAUGAUGAUGAAAUAUUUGAAGUACAUUGUUUGAUAAAGAAAUUGAAUUUAAAUUUUGGAAUAAAAUAGAAGAAAAUUCAACUCAUAUUCAACUUUGGAUUUCUUAAGAAAAUGUUGGAUUUACCUUGA